AAAGUAAAAAUUUUUAUCAUUAUUUUGUCCAUCAUUUGUAUAUCAUAUAAAUGAUUUUAUCUUUAUAUGAUCUAAGGUUACAAGUUACGAUUUAAAAAACAAAUGGAAUUAGAGACAAUAUUACGAAAGUCUACAACAGUAAAAACAAUAUCAGAAGAAAAUGAAAAAAAGGAAGAUGAAUAUUUUCAAAAAAUAUAUGAACAAUGGAAGGGCGCUAAAGCUAAAGAUAAAGAUUUAACUUAUAAAGUGAUUCCUAAAUUUUAUUUUAAGUUACCAAAAGAAGAUGAAAUUUUACCACAAAAAUUACGAGAAGAAACACGAGCAUUAUUUUUACAAAGACGUUCACGACAAUUACUAGAUAAUAAUGAACUUAAAGCAUUAUGGGUAUUAUUAGAUAAACAUCAUAGUCCACCUUUAUCAGGAGAAGAACAAUUAAUUAAUUAUGAAGAUUUUAAAAAAGUUGGUAAAUUAGCUGGUGCAAAAUGUAGUCCAUAUUUUACUGCAGUUGUAUUUGCUAAAUUACAACAAGGUGAUCCUCAUGGUAGAAUUAGUAUAAUGGCACUCUUUAACUAUGUUAUGAGAAAGGUUUGGUUACACCAAACAAGAAUUGGACUUUCUUUAUAUGAUGUUACUGGUCAAGGAUAUUUAAGAGAAUCAGAUUUAGAAAACUAUAUUUUAGAAUUAAUACCAACAUUACCUCAACUUGAAGGACUUGAGAAAUCAUUCCAUUCAUUUUAUGUUUGUACAGCAGUAAGAAAAUUUUUAUUUUUUCUUGAUCCUCUUAGAACUGGUAGAGUUAGAAUACAAGAUAUUUUAGCAUGUAGUUUUCUUGAUGAUCUCUUAGAAUUGAGAGAUGAAGAUUUACCCAAAGACUUGCAAGAAGCAAACUGGUUUUCAGCUCCAUCAGCUCUCAAAGUUUAUGGACAAUAUUUAAAUCUUGAUAGAGAUCAUAAUGGAAUGCUUAACAAAGAAGAACUUGCAGGUUAUGGCACAGGAACAUUAACUGGAGUAUUUUUGGAAAGAGUAUUUCAAGAAUGCUUAACAUAUGAAGGAGAAAUGGAUUAUAAAACAUAUUUAGAUUUUGUUUUAGCAUUAGAAAAUCGACAUGAACCUCAAAGUUUACAUUACUUAUUUAGAAUUCUUGAUAUUAAUAAUCGUGGUUAUUUGGAUACUUUUUGUCUUAAUUACUUUUUUCGUGCUAUACAAGAACAAAUGACAAUGCAUGGUCAAGAACCAGUGAGUUUUGAAGAUGUUAAAGAUGAAAUAUUUGAUAUGGUAAAACCAGCAGAUCCAUGUAAAAUUACAUUACAGGAUUUAUUAUCAUGUGGACAGGGUGAUACAAUGGUCAGUAUCUUAAUAGAGUUUCAUGGAUUUUGGGCAUAUGAAAAUCGUGAAGCUAUGGCAGCUGAUACUGGUGAUGAAUCAUCUCAUGUCUGAAAAUAAAGAUUCAUAAAAUUGAUACAUUCCCAACUGUGUAGAUUAAAUAUAUCUAUAAUUUUAAGUAAUAUUUU